AUGAGAGAAAUCAUUCAUUUAUCAACUGGACAAUGUGGUAAUCAAAUUGGUGCAGCCUUUUGGGAAACCAUUUGUGGUGAACAUGGUUUAGAUAAUAAUGGUAGUUAUCAUGGAACUAAUGAAUUACAAAGAUCAAAAUUAGAUGUUUAUUUCAAUGAAGCCUCAUCAGGAAAAUACGUUCCAAGAGCUGUUUUAGUCGAUUUAGAACCAGGUACUAUUGAUACCGUUAAAAAUUCCAAAAUUGGUAAUUUAUUUAGACCAGAUAAUUAUAUUUUUGGUCAAAGUAGUGCUGGUAAUGUUUGGGCUAAAGGUCAUUAUACUGAAGGGGCUGAAUUAGUUGAUUCAGUUUUAGAAGUUGUUAGAAGAGAAGCUGAAGGUUGUGAUUCUUUACAAGGUUUCCAAAUUACUCAUUCUUUAGGUGGUGGUACUGGUUCAGGUAUGGGUACUUUAUUAAUUUCAAAAAUUAGAGAAGAAUUUCCUGAUAGAAUGAUGGCAACUUUUUCCGUUGUUCCAUCACCAAAAACUAGUGAUACUGUUAUUGAACCUUAUAAUGCUACUUUAUCAGUUCAUCAAUUAGUUGAACAUUCUGAUGAAACUUUUUGUAUUGAUAAUGAAGCUUUAUAUAAUAUUUGUCAAAGAACUUUAAAAUUAAAUCAACCAUCAUAUAAUGAAUUAAAUCAAUUAGUUUCUUCAGUUAUGUCGGGAAUUACUACUUCUUUACGUUAUCCAGGUCAAUUAAAUUCUGAUUUAAGAAAAUUAGCUGUUAAUUUAGUUCCUUUCCCAAGAUUACAUUUCUUUAUGGUUGGUUAUGCUCCAUUAACUUCAAUUGGUUCUAAAAGUUUUAGAUCUUUAACUGUUCCUGAAUUAACUCAACAAAUGUUUGAUGCUAAAAAUAUGAUGGCUGCUUCUGAUCCAAGAAAUGGUAGAUAUUUAACUGUUGCUGCUUUCUUUAGAGGUAAUGUUUCAAGUAAAGAAGUUGAUGAUGAAAUGUAUAAAAUGCAAACCAAGAAUGCUCAAUAUUUCGUUGAAUGGAUUCCAAAUAAUGUUCAAACUGCUAUUUGUUCAGUUCCUCCAAAUGAUUUAGAUAUGAGUGCUACAUUUAUUGGUAAUUCAACUUCAAUUCAAGAAUUAUUUAGAAGAAUUGGUGAUCAAUUUAGUGCUAUGUUUAGAAGAAAAGCUUUCUUACAUUGGUAUACAUCUGAAGGUAUGGAUGAAGAUGAAUUUAAUGAAGCUGAAUCUAAUAUGCAUGAUUUAGUUAAUGAAUAUCAACAAUAUCAAGAAUAUAAUGCUGAAGAUGAACUUGAUGAUUAUGCUGAUGAACAAGUUAUGGAAGAUAAUAUGGAAUAA